GAUCUUUUUGGAGCUGGGCAUUCGGGGCAGCUUUGUUCCAUUCCAAGCGAUUGAAGAGCAAGUGUGCGAGCACUAUGACAUCUUCGAGCGGAAGACGACUCCAUUAUCCAUUGCGGUUGCGCGUCCACCCUCGGGAGUUGCUCAGAAGAUUUACCAUUUGGUCCGCGAUGGGAACUAUGUAGACAUCAAGUCCUUCCAGGGAGAAUUUGUAACCAGGGUGAAAUAUCACGGGAGUGCACAGGUUCAAGACUUCUUGAUGUGCUGCAUGGACGCUGUGGACGACACCGUCCCUCCCAUCGAUCGACGAAACCAGAUGCGUUUUGUGGUGAACGGUACACACUUCAUCUCAAAUGGUGAGUGGCGUGAUGAGGUUUCAAAAUGUUUUUCGCCAAUGAGUGAGGAGGCUGUGCCUAAGGCAGCGCCCAAAUCCUCCAAGGCAGCGCCCAAGAAAUCUCCCAAGCCGGCGCCCAAGAAGUCCUCGAAAAAGAGACCGGCUGCUAAUCAGAGCCAUGGUGUCAAAAAGAGGCCAGCCAUGAGCUGA